AUGUGGAGCGGCUCCAGCCGGCGGCGAGACCAGCGCCGGAAACUCAGCCUCCUGCUGCUGGCGGUCAUAAGCUUCCUGCUGGUCCGCAGGUUUAACUGGAGUGAACUGGCCUCUAUACGGCAUUGGAACCGGCAUUUGGGACUGCAGGCUGAGGGACCAAACUUCUUGCUGGAGGGCUCCAACUUCCAGAUUUUGGGGGGCUCUAUACACUACUUUCGAGUGCCCAGGGAAUAUUGGAGAGAUCGAUUGCUGAAGCUGAAGGCCUGUGGCUUAAACACCCUCACUACGUAUAUUCCCUGGAAUCUCCAUGAGCCGGAAAGAGGAAAGUUUAACUUCAGUGGGAACUUGGAUGUAGAGGCCUUUGUCCAGAUGGCAGCAGAUAUUGGGCUGUGGGUGAUUCUGCGCCCUGGUCCCUACAUCUGCAGUGAGUGGGACCUCGGCGGCUUACCCAGCUGGUUACUCCAAGAUUCCCACAUGGAGCUGAGAACAACCUACGAUGGCUUCAUUUCAGCUGUGGAUCGCUAUUUUAAUCAUCUGAUUCCCAGAGUGGUUCCACUGCAGUACAAACAAGGAGGGCCCAUCAUCGCCGUGCAGGUGGAGAAUGAAUAUGGCUCCUAUGACAAGGACUCAAACUAUAUGCCCUACAUUAAGACGGCCCUGUUGAAUAGAGGGAUUGUUGAGCUGCUUAUGACUUCAGACAACAAGGAUGGCCUGAGUGGAGGCUUCUUGGAAGGAGUGCUGGCUACUGUCAAUUUGAAGCAUGUGGAUUCCAUGAUUUUCAACUAUCUCCAUUCAUUCCAGGAAAAUAAGCCCACGAUGGUGACAGAAUACUGGACGGGGUGGUUUGACACAUGGGGUGGUCCCCACAACAUCGUGGAUGCCGAUGAUGUGGUGGUCACUGUUUCCUCUAUCAUCCAGAUGGGUGCCUCCCUCAACCUUUACAUGUUUCAUGGAGGAACCAACUUUGGUUUCAUGAACGGGGCUCAGCAUUUUGGCGAAUACAAGGCUGAUGUCACGAGCUAUGACUAUGAUGCCGUACUGACGGAGGCUGGGGAUUACACACCCAAGUUCUUCAAACUUCGGGAGUUCUUCAGCACCAUCAUAGAUAAUCCACUGCCCCACCUGCCUGCCACAAUGCCGAAAGCCUCCUACCAUGCUGUGAAGCCCUCACACUACAUGUCACUGUGGGAUGCCUUGGAGCACGUGGGCAAGCCAUUUGAAAGUGAGAAGCCUAUCAAUAUGGAGAAUCUGUCAGUGAACCAAGGCAAUGGCCAAUCCUAUGGGUACAUACUCUAUGAGACGUCUAUCUAUGAGGGAGGCACUCUUUCCUCCAAGGACCACAUUCGGGACCGGGCCCAGGUGUUUGUGAAUAGGAUAUACAUUGGACACAUGGACUAUGGAUCUGAAGGACUGCCUAUCCUUAAGAGUCAGGGUCACCGUAAGCUGAGUAUCCUAGUGGAGAAUCGUGGUCGAGUCAACUAUGGCCAGAUGCUCAACGAACAGCGGAAAGGAUUAAUUGGUGAUAUCUAUCUGAAUGAAUCCCCCCUACGGAAUUUCAAAAUCUACAGCCUAGAGAUGAAAGAAAACUUCUUCCAGAGUCUGUCCUCCAUCAAGUGGAAUCAGGUCCCAGAGGAAGCCCUGGGUCCAGCCUUCUUCCGGGGGACUCUUCACGUUGACUCCAUAGCCCUGGACACCUUUCUGAAGCUGGAGGGCUGGGUCAAGGGAGUGGUAUUCAUCAAUGGCCGGAACCUCGGGCGCUUCUGGAACAUUGGUCCCCAGGAAACUCUCUACCUCCCAGGCCCCUGGCUGCACUCUGGAGACAAUGAGGUCAUCGUGUUUGAGGAACAGAAGUCAGGCAUGAUCAUCCAGAGCAUGGACACACCCUACCUAGGCAGGAGUCACUACAUUGACUGAGCACCUGGCUCCAUUUUACUCAGGAAAUUCCUGGCUGGGGCAGAGAAGAAGGAGGUCGAGAGCCUCUUCUCUCCAGAGCCUCUGGAUGCCUUUUCAGAUGUCCCUCUACAGCGAGAGGAUCUUGCUCAGUACCAGCUCUGGGGAGGAACUUCUUUUACCCAUCACCUUGUGGCCUCUGGCCCAACUGGAAAGAAUGUGGAGGGAAGGGACAAUUGUCCUAGCUGCCAUUAUAGACGUGAUCCCUUUCUUGGGCUGUUUUUGUGGGGGGUGGGUCUCAUGCUUGCCCUGCCAGAUUGUAGAUGAAGGGGAGAAACUCUUCCACCCAAGUGGGGUUGUUGAAUCUGACCAUCCGGAGCAAGCUGCUGUGGGUCUCUGGACUAGAUGCUGAGACCAGUAUGUAAGAAGACAUUUAGCAAAUCGAAGCCUCCAUUCUCUGACUGAUCAGUUGGGAUGUAAAUAUCACUUUCUGCUUUAGCCCUAGUAACAAUUUAAUUUGAACACUUCUCAAGGCAGAGCCUGCUGCUGUCUAGCAAGGAGCAUUAUUUCUUAGCUAUUUCCCUUCUGCUGAAGGAGUCAGUUUGAUACCAGUCACUGACAAUUGGGGGUUGGGGAAUGGUGUGGAGCCUGAGGGACACUUUGACCUUCCCUCUCCCUCCCUCCACCCAUAAAUGCCUGGAGCCCUGGUAUAUAUAUAUAGCAGAGAAAGCUCUAUUUGCAGGAUAUAAGAUAUUCUCUUCCCACCCCUCCCCACCACGUAGAGAGGCCAAAGUAUGUGGUGGUCAGGGCAGGAGGGCUCAGUCAAUUUAACCGUGCCCACCCCCCUCCAUUUUAAAAAAAAUGGAUAUACCUACUUCAAGUUUUAUUUAAACAGUAAAGGAAGCACUUGUGGGCAGGGAAGGUAGAUGUCCUGAGGUACUACUGUACCUGCAAAAGGUCUUCACCUUGAAUUACUUAAGCACUCAGGGAAUGUGGAACUUCUCCAGAGAGGUCUCUACCAGAUCCCUCCUACCUCUCCUCCCACAAACCACCUUUCUGACUCUCCCUGCCUGUCUUUUCUUCCCAAAUCCAAACAGCAGGAGAGGCCUCAGGGGAGGAGACCGGCUCUGGCCCUCUCUUUCCUUUCGGAAUGGUUUUCUUUUUCCUCAGUUCAGGUGUUACUGUUCUGGGAAUGAUGCCCAAUGGGUUGGUUGAGUUGUGUCUGAAUUGCAAUAAAGUCAUUGCUUGAAGGUUUUCCUGAACUCCACUAGUAAGAGCUCAUUUGUGCCAGGAGAUAAAAUAGGGUUAGGGCAGGCAGAAGACCAAUGAAAUCUGUCUCUUGGGCAAUUCGGGGGUGGGGGGUGGGAUUAAUUUAGUCUCUAGGUUGUCCAGGGCCCUCACUUCUCUCAAUCUGGCUCCUUCAAGCUCCAUGCUUUUUUGGGCUCUACACUGCUCAGUGGCAGCUCUCCCCAAGAUGAGGUGGGCAGGGGCACCGAGGACAGGAGAGAAAAUUCUACCAGCAAUCUUCCUCCCUGACAGUGGAGGAGAAGGAAGCCUGUCGUCACCCUUCUGUGUAUCACCCUAAAUGACUAUGGGCUCUGACUUGAUCAAGAGCCCUCCAAGUAGCAAGAAAAGUGAGGCAAGCCGAGUUGGGAGGCCCUGAGGAAAACCAUGUGGUUGGUCUUGAUAAGGCUAUGCCUGGAAAAAGGAGACCCACAGCCCUAAGGUUAGGGGUGUGCUGAACAGCUGGGAAGGCAGUUAUAUUUUCAGAGCGAGGAUUUAUACCUCAGAAAUUGAAACCCUCAAACUGAAACAUUCAUUAUGUUGGUUUUUAGACCAGUGACUUCAAACUUAAAUAGAAACUAAUCCUGACAUAAGGUUUCCUGCAGGGCACAUAUUGAUUUAGUUUUUAAGAUAUAAUUUUAUCUAUGUUUUAUUGUAUUUUUUACUUAUUUUGUUAAAUAUUUCCCAAUUACAUAUUAAUCUGGUUCUGUCAACAAUCUGGUUCUGGAAU